AUAUGGCUAUCUCCUAACACAAACGAAGACAAGACAAAGAAAUCUCAGGCUUCGAUUCCAUUUCUGGUGCUUUAGAACCAUGGCUUCUUCUCAUUUGUUCCAUAAUCAGAGUCUCUUCUUCUCAUCUCCCUUCAAAAAUUGUGGCUUAUCAAAUGCUCCCCCACCAAAAGUUCAUUUUCAAAGAACCCCUUUUGUCAAAGCAUCCAAGAAACAGCUUGAGAUUGUAUAUGACCCUGAUGAGAGGCUAAAUAAGUUAGCAGAUGAAGUGGACAAGGAAGCUCCUUUUUCAAGGCUUACUUUGUUCUCACCUUGUAAGAUUAAUGUUUUCCUGAGAAUUACAAACAAAAGGGAAGAUGGGUAUCAUGAUUUAGCAUCUCUCUUUCAUACAGUGAGUCUGGGGGAUAUAAUUAAGUUCUCUUUGUCACCAUCCAAAACCAAUGAUCGUUUGUCGACCAAUGUCUCCGGUGUACCCCUUGAUGAUAGAAACUUGAUUAUUAAAGCCCUUAACCUCUACAGGAAGAAAACUGGCAGUUCCAACUUCUUUUGGGUUCAUCUUGAUAAAAAGGUGCCUACUGGGGCAGGGCUUGGUGGUGGAAGCAGCAAUGCAGCGACCGCACUUUGGGCAGCUAAUCAGUUCAAUGGUUGUGUUGCAACUGAGAAGGAGCUCCAAGAAUGGUCGAGUGAGAUAGGUUCUGAUAUUCCAUUCUUUUUCUCACAUGGAGCAGCAUAUUGUACAGGUCGAGGUGAGAUUGUUCAAGAUAUAUCCCCUCCUCUUCCAUUGGACAUUCCAAUGGUUCUUAUAAAGCCUAAGGAAGCAUGUCCAACAGCUGAAGUUUACAAGCUUCUUCGGCUAGAUCAAACAAGUAAUGUUGAUCCUUUGACAUUGCUGGAGAAAAUAUCAAUGAAUGGAAUAUCUCAGGAUGUCUGCAUUAAUGAUUUGGAACCUCCCGCGUUUGAAGUCUUACCAUCCCUUAAACGGCUAAAGCAGCGGGUAACUGCAGCUGGUCGCGGACAGUACGAUGCUGUGUUCAUGUCUGGGAGUGGAAGCACCAUCGUCGGAGUCGGUUCCCCGGAUCCCCCACAAUUUGUAUAUGACGAUGAUGAUUAUCGAGAUGUAUUUUUGUCAGAUGCGAACUUUAUUGGCCGGGAAGAAAAUGAGUGGUACAAAGAACUUGUUUCGACGACUGUUUCGGAACCCUCGGAAGCAUCGGGAACCGUUUGAGCGAUAUUGUAUAUUUAUUGCUGAGAAAAGAAAGAUGGUGUGUCG